AUCAUACGAACGAGAGAGCAAAGUACAGAGGAUGUCAAAGUACUUUCACAGCCUCUCACAAACACCACACAGGCUCAAGUCCAGGAUGCUCGCCACGUGGACUCCCGACCAAGAGGUCAACCAAGUCCGACUCCGUUCAGGCGCCGACAUGAAGCGCAAGCUCCGGUGGUUCGACCUCGUCUCUCUCGGCGUCGGCGGAAUGCUCGGAGUCGGUGUCUUCGUGACCACCGGACCCGUCGCACGUGACAUCUCUGGCCCGGCAGUAUUCAUUUCCUACAUGAUCGCUGGUUUCUCGGCAGUUUUGUCCUCACUCUGCUACACCGAGUUCUCAGUUAACGUCCCUGUCGCUGGUGGAGCUUUUAGUUAUCUCCGAGUCACUUUCGGUGAGUUCAUCGGGUAUUUUGGAGGAGUCAACAUACUAUUGGAGUAUGUUUUGUCCAACGCGGCGGUUGCUAGAAGCUUUACGGAGUAUAUGUGUACUGCGAUUGGCGUUUCUGAUCCAAACGCUUGGAGAGUUAAAGUAAUUGGUCUCGCGAAAGGUUACAAUGAACUUGAUUUUCCUGCGGUCGUACUUGUUCUUCUCCUCACUCUUUGCCUUUGUCAUAGCACGAAGGAAAGCUCCAUGCUGAACCUAGUGAUGACGGUGUUCCACGUAAUAUUCUUCGGGUUUGUAAUAAUCGCCGGAUUCUGUCACGGUGACGGAGUCAAGGCGCUGGUGGAGCCUCGAGGCCUUACUCCCUACGGUGCUCGCGGAGUGGUUAACGGAGCUGCCGUCGUGUACUUCAGCUACAUCGGGUACGACACCGUUUCCACUCUUGCUGAAGAGAUCCAAAACCCUUCCUUCAGUCUCCCCGUCGGAAUCAUUGGCUCCGUCUCCGUCGUCUCCGUCCUCUAUUGCCUCAUGUCUCUCGUACUCUGCGUCAUGGUUCCGUACAAUGAGAUAUCAAAGAGCGCGUCGUACGCGGUUGCUUUUCGGAGGAUCGGGUGGGGUUGGGCAGGGAACGUGGUUGGUGCAGGUGCCAGUCUAGGAAUCGUGGCAUCGCUUUUGGUGGCGAUGUUAGGGCAAGCGAGAUAUCUCUGUGUGAUCGGAAGAGCCAGACUGGUCCCUUCAUGGCUCGCCAAGGUUCAUCCUUCUACAGGAACUCCCUUGAACGCUACACUCUUUCUCGGUAUAUGCACAGCAACAAUUGCGUUAUUCACCGAUCUAGAAAUAGUGAUGGAGCUGAUUUCACUCGGAACACUCUGUGUUUUCUACCUAGUCGCAAACGCUCUUAUCUAUCGCAAAUACACCUUAACAGGCCAAAACGCACCCUUUCGCACACUCUCGUUCCUUGCCCUCCUCUCUUUUUUCUCGCUAGCGUUCUCCCUCUGGUGGAAACUAAACAAACCGUGGUGGGGCCUGACGCUAUUUAUCGUGAUCACAAUAGCGGUAACUGCGCUUUUCCAAUACCACACGUGGUCGAUCUCGUCUACGACUAAUAAGAAUCUUCUGACACCAUCCUGUCCCUCCAAAUGGUCGGUACCGUUCAUGCCGUGGCCGGCAGCAGCUUCAGUGUUCCUUAACGUUUUUCUAACGACAACACUGAAAACGCUGUCGUUUCAGAGGUUUGCGAUUUGGACGUGCCUUGUAACGAUGUUCUAUGUGCUGUAUGGCGUUCAUAGGACUUAUGAGGCGGAAGAGAUGGGUAGAGUAGAUGUUGUUGAAAUUCAUGUGACUAGCACGAGGGUGCAACCGGAUAAGUUGGACAACGUUCAAAUGGCAAUUCCUUAAAAGUGUAUAUUUAGAUUAUUAGUUUUUUUUCCGUGUGUUGAGUUAAGAAAAUCGAUAUAGU